AUGGCUCCCUCUCAGAAACGCAAACCAAUUGACGACGACUUUGUCCACACAAUCUCCGACAAUGACGAGGACAUUGUCGAGGAAGAAGAGGCUGUUGCGCCGCCCCCGAAGAAGAAGGUGAAGACCGCCAAGAAGUCAAAGAAGUCUAAGAAGGGCGAGGAAGAGGAGGAGGAAGAGCGCGAAGGCAUCUGGGGCAAGAAUGAAGACGACGACGGUGCCAUGGACUCCGACUUCGAGUUUGCCCAAGACGGCGCUGUCGAAUUCGGCGACGACGAGUUCGAGGGCUGGGGCUUCGACGGCGCAAAGAAGUCCAUGAAGAACCAGGACCCGGUUGGCGUCGAUUUGGACGAGAUCAUCCGUAGGAGGCGCGCGAAGAAGACCGGCAACGAGGAGCCCGAGGCCGCUGUACUGGAGGAGGCUGGUGACGACGACGAGGAGGCAGAGAACGACAUGGAUAUCGACCUCGACGACGAUGAAGACGGAGUGCUCGCCGACGACGCCUUCGGCAUGGGUGUUGACCCUGAGAACGAGGGGUCGGCCGACGAGGAGAUUCCCGACGCAGAAGACGCAGAAGACGAGGACGCCGCUGCAUCAGACAACGACUCCGUUGCGACACCCGUAGACCACCCCGACGACGCUCGCGAUGAUUCGGACGACGAAGAGGAGGAUGCAGAGGAACAAGCCAAGCGCGAUGCCUUCUUCGCGCCAGAGGAGCCCGCACAGCCCGGCAAGAAGGAUAUCGCUUCAUCAUUCCAGGGCAUGUCUCUGUCGCGUCCCCUUCUCAGAGGUCUUGCCGCCGUUGGCUUCUCCAAGCCCACUCCCAUUCAGGCCAAGACCGUGCCUAUCGCUUUGAUGGGCAAGGACGUCGUCGGUGGUGCAGUCACUGGUUCCGGAAAGACGGCCGCCUUCGUGGUUCCUAUUCUCGAGCGUCUCCUCUACAGGCCCAAGAAGGUGCCCACCAGCCGUGUCGUCAUCCUCACCCCUACCCGUGAGUUGGCUAUCCAGUGCCACGCCGUUGCUACCAAGCUGGCAGCCUACACGGACAUCAAGUUCACCCUGGCUGUUGGUGGUCUCAGUCUGAAGCAGCAAGAGGUCGAGCUCAGAUUACGGCCGGAUGUCAUUAUUGCCACUCCCGGUCGUUUCAUCGAUCACAUGAGAAACUCUGCCAGCUUCAACGUCGACACUGUAGAGAUUCUGGUGCUUGAUGAGGCCGAUCGUAUGCUCGAAGACGGUUUCGCCGACGAACUGAACGAGAUUCUCACCACACUCCCCAAGUCAAGACAGACCAUGUUGUUCUCUGCUACCAUGACAUCGUCUGUCGACCGCCUGGUCCGCGUUGGCAUGAACAAGCCCGCCAGGGUCAUGGUGGAUUCCCAGAAGAAGACAGUCGGCACCCUGGUGCAAGAGUUCAUCCGCCUGCGUCCCGGCCGCGAGGAGAAGCGUAUGGGCUACUUGAUCCACAUCUGCAAGACGAUGCACACCGAGAGGGUCAUCAUCUUCUUCCGCCAAAAGAAGGAGGCUCACAGGGCAAGAAUCAUCUUUGGUAUGCUGGGCAUGUCUUGCGCCGAGCUCCACGGUAGCAUGAACCAGGCUCAGAGAAUUGCCAGUGUAGAGAACUUCCGUGACGGCAAGGUGAACUACCUCUUGGCUACCGAUCUUGCGUCUCGUGGUCUCGACAUCAAGGGCGUUGACACCGUCAUCAACUACGAGGCGCCCCAGAAGCUGGAGAUUUACGUGCACAGAGUCGGUCGUACUGCGCGUGCCGGCAGAAGUGGUGUCGCCGUCACCCUGGCUGCCGAGCCGGACCGCAAGGUCGUCAAGGCCGCGGUCAAGGCGGGCAAGUCCCAGGGAGCCAAGAUCAUGAGCCGUGUCAUCGAGCCUGCGGAAGCAGACAAGUGGCAAGCCCAGGUUGACGAGAUGGAAGACGAGAUUGAGGAGAUCAUUGUCGAGGAGAAGCAGGAGAAGCAGUUCGCACAGGCCGAGAUGCAGGUCAGAAAGGGAGAGAACAUCCUCGAGCACGAGGCCGAGAUCAAGUCCAGGCCGAAGAGGACAUGGUUCGAGACGGAGCAGGACAAGAAGAAGGCCAAGGACGCGGGCCGGGCUGAGCUCAACGGCGAGGGCGGCCCGGGCAAAAAGAAGGUGAAGAUGAGCAACAAGGCCAGAAAGCAGCUCGACGCCAAGGCCACGAGGAGUGAGGGCCACGUAUGGAAGAAGGGCAAGGCGGAGCGUGCUGGACAAGGCGCCGUGCUGAACCUCAAGAAGAAGAAGGUCCCCAAGAACGGCAGAAUGAGGGCGAAGAUGGCCCGUGGAAAGAGGUAG